AUGGCGAAGACGCCGAGGCUGCGACGACAGAUCAUGUUGCAUGCUAGCAGCGCCAGCGCAGAGGUGAGGCACGAGAUGGCUGCUGCUGGAAGUGAGAGUCAGAUGCAGAGGAUGGAAGAUCCCCAGGAGAUGAUGAAGCGGAUCAGCGACAUGGAGGACAGCGAGGCGAGGAUGGCGGAAGUCAGGAGAUCAUUCCAUCUCAUGAACGAGGAGGCGAUGCAGUUCCUAGCGGGGAGGCUGCAGGAAGAGUCCGACAGCUCCAAGUGGCAAAACUUGCUCGGAGACAUUCAGAAGUUGACGAAUGAAAGGCUUGAGAACGGCAAGAAACUUCUGGUCGACUUGUUGAACUCAGGAGAGAUCAACGUCCUUGAUCGCAGAAUUGUCGAGAACGUGAAAUCUGGAGAGAUUGAUCCAGCGUUCCUGAUCGUCCUGGACAUGAACAUCAACGAUGCUCAGGCGAAGGCGACAGACGAAAUUACAACUAACCGAGUCCUCGGACAUAUCUACACUCGUGUGCAGGAGGAGCUGGAGAAGCGAGCAAAGCCCUCCCUGGGUCUCCUCCACAAGCUUCUGCGUCUCAUCGACGAGCCCGGGAUCCGCAUGAACCUCCUCGAGCACAAUCUAAAGCCCAAGCCGGAGGAGGAGCAGGAGUACGUCUACGUUGACGGCAAGUUGAUCAAGGACAGCGGAGCUCUAGUGAAGCCCGAGGAGCUCGUGGAGGCCAUCAAACUUUACAUGGAACGGGUGCGAGCUCUGGACCAGGUGGAGGAUGAAAGCAACAAAGUUACCGAAGAGACAAUUGGGCAGGCGUUCGAGGACUGCAGGGUGAUUGCAAAAGAUGCUAGAGCAGUGAUCGAGAGCUUAUACAACGAGGAAGAGGUGGAAGACUUUACAAGCUCGUUGACUCCCGUCUUUCAGCCCAUCAUGGAGACUCUGAGCAAGUACAGGAGGGGGUGA